UAGUGCUCGCACUUUGGUGUGGGCACUGCCCCUGACCGCAUCAUGCAAUAUGGUCACCGAGGAGAGUGAUCAUCCACACCAUCCGGAGGAAGAGAAGACUCCAACGCAGGAGAAGGAUAGCAACUUGCUAGCGCGUACCGACAGCAGCGAGAUAUUGAUCCAGAGCAGCAUGGAUGACAUAUUCGAUGUUAUCAAAUCGGGCGAGUUGUCGGAGGUGGAGAAUUUGGUGGAGAAGGUGGGCCAGGAGGCACUGAGUGCCCGAGACAAGCACGGAUACACCCCAGCUCACUGGGCGGCACUAGACGGUAAUGUGGAAAUGAUGCGCUAUCUCGUGGAAAGGAAUGCCCCAGUCGAUUUGCCCUGUCUGGGAACGCAAGGACCACGUCCUAUUCAUUGGGCCUGUCGGAAAGGCCAUGCUGCAGUCGUGCAGGUACUCCUACAGGCCGGUGUUGCAGUAAAUGCGGCCGACUUUAAAGGUCUCACACCGUUGAUGACGGCCUGUAUGUACGGCCGUACCGCUACGGCAGCUUACCUGUUGGGAAUGGGCGCACAGAACCAUCUUACCGACAUAAACGGUGAUACGGCACUGCACUGGGCAGCGUAUAAGGGACAUGCCGAUCUCAUCCGUCUGCUAAUGUACUCCGGGGUGGAUCUGCAAAAGACGGACAACUUCGGUUCGACACCUCUCCAUCUUGCCUGCCUGUCGGGCAACUUGCAGUGUGUGAAGAUUCUGUGCGAGAAGCGUAAUCUGGAGCUGGAACCGCGUGAUAAGAAUGGCAAGACGCCUGUGAUGCUUGCCCAAAGCCACCGAAACAGUGAGGUGGUUAAGCUGCUGCACAACGAGAUGAAGAAAAAGUCUCGCUGGAUGCCACCGAUCUCGGAGAUCUGGGGAAUGCUGUUCGGUGGGGCAGGCGCUUCGAAGGGUCCACUGAUACUGUUCCUCGUAUCCGUUUUGCUGUGGGGAUAUCCGAUGUACAUGAUAAGGUGCAUUCCCAUCACGUGGAACAUCUUGAGACGAUCGCACUAUUGCUUCAUCUAUUGGAAUGCGGUUAUGUGGAUCAGCUGGAUAAUAGCUAAUCGGCGAGACCCUGGCUAUAUCCCACUCAACUCCGACACCUACUAUCGGGCGAUCAAGCAGAUCCCGUACUUUGAUAAGUGGAAGAAGCGAAAUGUUAUCCUGUCGCGACUGUGUCACAGCUGUAGGUGUUUGCGACCAUUGAGAGCCAAGCAUUGCCGUAUAUGCAAUCGAUGCGUAUCGUACUUCGAUCAUCACUGUCCGUUCAUCUACAACUGCGUCGGUCUACGCAAUCGGAUGUGGUUUCUACUGUUUGUGCUGAGCAUCGCCAUCAACUGUUCGUUCACUAUCUACUUCGCGUGCUACUGCGUAAUGAUCGAGGGCUUCAGUUUGCUGUACGUGCUUGGGCUUUUGGAAGCGUUCGUUUUUUGUGGACUUGGUUGGAUUCUUACGUGCACAUCGAUCCUCCAUGCCUGCAUGAACCUCACAACGAACGAAAUGUUCAAUUACAAACGUUACCCAUAUCUGCGGGACAAGCGUGGCCGAUACCAGAACCCAUUUUCCCGAGGUCCUGUGCUGAAUUUGUUCGAGUUCUUUGUUUGCCUGCCGGACCGUCAGGAUGAGCAGGACUACAUUCUGGAUGAGAACCUUUGAAAAUUGCCCAACAGCUCCGGCGAACGUCGGAAACGCAUCACCAGCAGUGGCAGCAAUAGUAGCAGCAGCUAGCUCGAACCGCGCAAUUAAGGUGCGUAAGACGCCGAUGCACGCGGGAACACUUUUGGCAGUUGCAUCUCUUUUCUAAUCGAUCUUCGCCAUUCGCAAUAAUGCGUGUAUCGCAAAACACACUGGGAUUCCGUUGCGUUCGACAGCUUAACGAUAACACUUUGAUGGCAGCAGAACACGCGCAUGUUAAAUUGUGAACGUACAACCAAGGUUAGUAAGUCUACGUUUGAAGGAAAGAUUUAUCAUUCUUAAGCAGUUUGUUGAGAGUUUCUGCAUUUGUUAUUGAGCUUGCCGAAUGAUAGGCGUAUGUAAUGUUUUCUAUUGAAAGAAGUACGCGAUUUUAUGUUAAUGUUAACAGUACGAAAUAGCUUAAAAUCGAAAACGUAAUAGCUUAUCGAUACGAUCGUGUGUCUAAAGAUAAGUACAAGGAAACAAGUUCGUUCUUUUAACGUACAUUCCAUCUAAAGCCCGUAGCACAAAUCGAUGUCGAAUUCUUAUAUAAACACUAAUUUUGCUCCGGAAUUUAUACCACAGCUUUACCGCCGUGAAUUUGCAGUGUGACGACGACCGCUUUAAU